ACAUUUUUGUGGUCUAUAUAUAUAUAGAAGUAGGGAGGAGAGAGAGAAAUAUAUAUAGAGAGAGAAUGGGUUAUGCAUCAUCUUCCUCGGUUGUGUUAUGUUUGUUACUCAUCUUCACAUUUGCUUUUGUCUCUUCUUCUGCUCGCCUCAGUCUUUCAUUUCCAGAAAAUGAAAUGAGGGUGGUGAGAGAACGGUCAUUGAUGGUGAGCACAAACGACUACGGUGAACCUUCAGCUAACGGCAGACACGAUCCACCUCGUGGUGGCCGAGGACGCAAACGUUGAGAGGAUGAUAAUCUUUUUCGUCCUCUUAAUUUUACUUGCAAGCUUGCAAAUAAUGUAUGUAUAUUGAGAGAGCAAUAAAAAUAACUCAAAAAUUACACCUUAUUUGUA